AUGGACGACCCGCGGCACAUUCAAACUUCCACCGGUAGCUCCAGGUCCGUGCUGUCGGCCAGUUCCGCGGUGGCUAUGGAGAUUAAACGGAAGAAAAUACGACAAAGUGCCAUAUUCCUGCAAACAGAGAACACUAACAUACAAGAAAAGCUUGAGUUUGAGAUGCGAAUGCGGGAGGGUGCCUACAAGCUGCUGCUCGCCUGCAGUAAGAGGGAACAGGUUCUUAACGCCUCCAAGAACCUGCUGACCUGCAACGCCAGGAUAAAGGCUUAUCUCACACAGCUGCAGAAGAAGAAAGAGCAGCAGGACAUGAUGGGAGCAGUCGGGAGACUUUCAGAAUCAGUUUCAGAUGACCGUGUGCCCUGUAAUGGGACAAUUGCAAUGUCCGGGCUGCGCAUUCCUUUGAUGUGGAGAGAUUCAGACCACUUUAACAACAGGGGGAGCUCUCGUCGCGUGGCGGUGUUCUGCCUGAUGCAGAUUGGCUCAGAGGUGUUUGACACACAGAUGGUGGUGGUGGACAGAUUAGUCACUGACAUCUGCUUUGAGGGAGUCACCAUCUUUAAAGAAGCAGUUCCUCAGUUUGAGCUGAAGGUGGAGCUGUGGAGCUGUGCCCUGGAGGAAGAGCUCACGUUGGUAAACACGCCAAAGAAACUGGCCAAGAAGCUCCGUAACUCCUUUGGAAAGACUGCUGGGAAGAAGCUCUGCCCUCUGGUGGACUCUCCAGACCCUGACACCUUUCUGCAGUACAACCCCGUACCCGCUGGAGCCAGGUACAGCCUGCUGGCCUACACAACACUGUGUCUGCCUGAGGCUGAAGGAAGCUUUCAGUCUCACUCCCUCAUUGUCCUCCAAGACGCUGAGUGGUCAUCUUGGCUUCCACUUUAUGGCAACCUCUGCUGCCGGUUGGUGGCCCAGCCUUCCUGCAUGACGCAGAGCAUGAUGACCGGCUACCUGAGCCAGAAGAAAAGUGUGGAAGGGAUGUACCGCUGCUGCAGUCUUUACUGCGUGCUGAGUGCUGGCUUUUUAUCCUGUUACUUCACCCCAGAAGAAAUUGAUGCUAAAGUGCAGCCCACUCUCAACAUAGCCAUCAACAAGGACACCCGGAUCCGUGUGAUGGAGAAGGAGUCAGGAGGUCAGAAAUCCAGGAGUCUGUCCAUCAUCAACCCAUCACCAGAGGGAUCCCAGACCAUCACCUUCACCACAGAAACCAGGGAUGAGCUGGAGGACUGGCUUGAUGCCCUCCACCAGCACCUCUUUGAUCAGAGCCAGUGGCUGCACUGCUGCAACCAGCUAAUGAAGAUCGAGGUCGCGUCACCACAGAAACCAUCACUCUUCCUCACCAAGCAGGCUGACUCUGUUUACAAUGACCUCAGCAUAAAUUCACCUGGCAAGUUUGAGAGCAUCACAGACAUCAUCCACAACAAGAUAGAGGAGACGGAUGGCCGCUUUCUUAUUGGUCAUGAAGAGGAGAAGGAAGCAGCUAAUUGGUCCUCUCUGUUUGAUGGGUCCCAUUCAAUGGUGGUGCAGAAGACCAUUCUGUCCCAGAGCAAAACCUCCACCCCUUGUUCAAGCCCCAACCCCAACACCAGUUCCACAUCCAUCAGCACCAAGAAGCGCCGUGCCCCACCCCCUCCUCCUGACAGGGAGCCUUAUGCUCCUCCCACCUGUCCUGCCAGACCCCCCCUCCCUGCUUCUCUUCAUCCUCCUCCUCCUCCUCCUCCUCCACCAUACCAGGAGAAGGAGAACGCCGGCUCCUACACUUCACGCCCGGCUGCAAGGUCCAAAACCGGCAGACCAUCUCUGGAUGCCAAGUUCUCUGCCAUCAUACAGCAGCUCCAGCGGAACAACACUGCAGGAGCCGGAGCCCACAGCCGCAAAAACGCCCCGCUGGGCGUCCUCGACGUACAACCACAAAGUCAGCCUCAGCCCCCUCCCCAGCAGCCAGACUACCAGAGCCACUACACCCAGGACAGCGAAUCCACAGGUGAACAUGGCUUCUUCAGACCGAGUCAUGGCCCUGGUCCUGUUCCAGCACCGAGGAGCAAGCUGAGGAAGUCUUUCAGAGAGAGGAUGAACCUUUAAGCCUUGUGACCUCGACCUUUGACCAUACUAGGCUUAACCAACUAACUCUACCUUUCCACUAAUACAAAUAACGGUUCGAACUUCAGCUGAGCUGGUUGAUGUUGAUAAAAUCAAUAUAUUUACCUGUACCUGAGUAGUGAUAGUAAUGAUAUUGGUAUUACAGUUGGUGUGGUCUUUAGAUGAUAAAAGGAAAGGUCAAUACCACACUCAUAUCUGUAUGCUAGAUAUGAAGCUGUCCAAAAGGUAACAAUGUCCACCUGUCAGCACCUCUAAAGCUCACUAAUUAACACAUUAUAUCUCAGGACAAGACUCCAAGAAGUCACUUUUCCCAGCCAAGAACGCGUUAAUUAGUGAGCUUCAGCUGUUCCUGGUAGACAGAUUUUGUUACCUUGGGACUGAGCCAGGCUAGCUGUUUCUUCCUGCUCUCCGUCUUUAUGCAAAGCUAAGACAACCAUCUCCCCACUCUGGCUCCAUUUGAGCUGAUCGAUAAAAGAGGAGUAUCGAUUGUCUCAUCAUUAUUCCUAAAAUGUCAAACCCAGCGAUGGGUGGGUGGCGUGGUCUCUUAAAACAACAACAACAAAAAAAAAAAGAGGUCCUCACAAUGUCCAUCGUGACAACCCAAAUCCCAACUGACACCUCAGAUCACAGUAUCAAUGUUGAUACGUCUCCAGCUCCACUCUCCUUUUAUAAACUUUUUCAUGUGCAGCUAACUCAUAGAUGGAACUGAAAGCUGCAUGUUGGCUUGAGCACUGCCAUCAUCAAUCCCACUAAAAUGGAAAGGCUUAUUUCUCAGCUCUGCCACUGGAACAUGGACUGAAGAAAGAGCCUUUGCAAAAGCACUCAAAUUGGAAUUGAUCCAUUGGCCGACUGCAGACGAGUCAUUCUCUUUGGAAUUAUUGACUUAUUCCACUUACUGUGACAAUUUUAUGACCACUAUAGCAGAUUUUAAGGGAACAGGAUUUUAGGAGCAAUUGCAAGCACUAAUGUGACUUCUCCAUUUCCCAGAGGUCUUAAUAAUGGAGUGACCUUGGUUUUCAGUGGCUACACAGUAUGUCCAACAUAAUUUGACACUGCAGCCCAUAAACGUUAUAAGCAUAAUUGAAUGAAUGAGCCUUUUGAGUGGCUAAAAUAAUGAAUGCCCUUGUUUUUGUGUUUUGAACAUAUCUAAUACUACCGGCCACUAAAUAUUUCAACCACUUAAAAAUCCUGUGUUGAAGAAUGGUUUUCAUAAUUACACAGAGUGCACACAACAUUAGGUUUAGCUACUUUUUCUGAAAUUGCCUGGCCAGAUGAAGCAGUACGGUGAAAGCUACAAUCCCAUUUGUUUUACCUCACCCUCUAAAUUCUGUUUAAUCAAGAGGGGGAGAUGUAGAUUUGGGGGGAGGCGGAUUACAGGAGGAUUUGGUUUAAGCCUUGAAAGAACCGAGAAUGGUUUGUACAAAAGGGGGUGCUGCUCAAUAUUAGCAGCAAAAUGUUUUCUGUGCUGUGUGUAUUUCCAAUACUUGAGUCACUUUGAUAUUGUACUGCAUGUACCUGAAAAACAAGGGAAGCUUGUAGUUUUGAACCUCCUGGCAUUAGUUUUACUAAUGCUGUAUGAUUAUAUGCACUUCCUGUAUCCCCAACCAUUUUCAGUUGGACUAAACAUGCUUGAGGGAAAGAGCAUUAAAUGACAUUUCAACAUUACUGACAGUUCUUGUGAAAGCUAACAUUUCUGUGAGGCGUCUCAGUUAACUGUAACCCUCAUGAAAGUUUUACAGUAAAAUGUUUCCCCUGUGGAUAUUAAGCUUGAGAGAGAGAGCGCGUGUGAUCCAAAUGUAAAUAACUGCUUCAUGACUAAACACCGACUGAACAUUCUCACUUUGAACAAUGCCAAACUAAUGAGCCAAAUUUCUAAUCAUUUACAAUGUUUUAAAAAUAUCUUUUAUAUUUGUCUUUUCAUUUGUUAAUGACACACCGCAGCAAUAAUUUGUAGUCAUUAAAAUGUUGUGUAACUCCCUUCUUUAGUAGAAUACUGUCUUGUCAUCUCAAUGUUCCUUUUAGCAUGUGAAUUAUUUAGACUUUAAGUGGCACUGUGUAAUGUAAUGUAAUGUAAGUAGGAAUAGUAAGUAGGAAUAUAUUAAUCUGUGUGUACAAAAAUAUUGUAGUUAUUUUUGUGUCUCAAAAAGUGCAAUUUUCUCCUUUUUCUGCUCACUGUUGUCUUGAAAGCUAACUGUAUUUUUUAUUAUUGCUG